AUGAAGGCUCCGCGCUGCCGGCCGAGCGUGUCCCCUGGGUCCCCGGCGCGGCCGCCGCUCCUUCUCCUCCUCCUUCUUUUGCGCGCUCUGGGCCUGGGUCGCUCCUCCCCGAGGCUCUUGGACUACCCACCGCCCGUGUGCGCCCAGCAGGAGCUCAGCUGCGCCGUCAAGAACAGUACCUGCCUGGAUGACAGCUGGAUCCAACCCCGAAGCCUGACCCCCUCGUCCCCCAAAGACAUGCAGACCCAACUGCGCUUUGUCCACACGCAGCACGGACACCUCCUCCCCGUGGUCCACAUUGAGUGGACGCUGCAGACAGAUGCCAGUGUCCUCUACCUGGAGGGGGCGGAGCUGUCUGUCCUGCAGCUGAACACCAAUGAACGUCUGUGUGUCAAGUUCGAGUUUCUGUCCAAACUGAGGCACCAUCACAAGCGGUGGCGUUUUGCCUUCAGCCACUUUGUGGUGGAGCCAGGCCAGGAGUACGAGGUGACCGUCCACCACCUGCCUAAGCCCAUCCCUGACGGGGACCCGAACCACCAGUCCAGACACUUCCUGGUGCCCGACUGCGAGGACCCCAGGAUGAAGAUCACCACGCCAUGCGUGAGCUCAGGCAGCCUGUGGGACCCCGACAUCACCGUGGAGGCCCUGGAGGCCCGGCAGCUGCGGGUGAGCUUCACCCUGUGGAACGAGUCCACUGGUUACCAGGUCCUACUGAGCAGCUUUCCGCGCGCAGAUGACCAGAGCUGCUUCCAAAGUGUCCUGGACGUGCCUGCGCCCCCUCAAGAGGCAUUCCACCAGCGCUCCAACAUCACAGUCACCCUACAGAACUUGAACUGGUGCUGCCACCACCAUGUGCAGGUCCAGCCCUUCUUCAGCAGCUGCCUCAAUGACUGCCUCCGACACUCAGUGACCGUCCCCUGCCCAGAGGGGCUGCACACCCCAGACACGAUUGAAGACUACCUGCCCCUGUGGGUGUACGGCUUCAUCACGGGCCUCUCCAUCCUGCUGGUGGGUUCCGUCAUCCUGCUGAUUGUCUGCAUGACCUGGCGGCUACCCGGCUCCCCCCACGGCAAGUAUGAAGAUGGCAGCAAAUGCACAGAUGUCCUCCCCGCUGCCAGCCUGAGCCCCCCACCCCUGAAGCCCAGGAAGGUCUGGAUCGUGUACUCGGCCGACCACCCCCUAUACGUGGACGUGGUCCUGAAGUUCGCCCAGUUCCUGCUCACCGUCUGUGGCACCGACGUGGCCCUCGACCUGCUGGAGGAACAGGUCAUCUCCGAGGUGGGGGUCAUGACCUGGGUGGGCCGCCAGAAGCAGGAAAUGGUGGAGAGCAACUCCAAGAUCAUCGUCCUGUGCUCCCGGGGUACCCGAGCCAAGUGGCAGGCCAUCCUCGGCUGGGAGGACGCGGCCGUCCAGCUCCGCUGUGACUGCGGGAAGCCCUCGGGGGACCUGUUCACGGCGGCCAUGAACAUGAUCCUGCCGGACUUCAAGCAGCCCGCCUGCUUCGGCACCUACAUCGUCUGCUACUUCAGUGACAUCAGCAGUGAGAGCGACGUCCCCGACCUCUUCAACAUCACCUCCAGGUACCCGCUCAUGGACAAGUUCGAGGAGGUCUACUUCCGUAUCCAGGACCUGGAGAUGUUCGAGCCGGGCCGCAUGCACCGCGUGGGGGCGCUCACGGGAGACAACUACCUGCGGAGCCCCAGCGGCCAGCAGCUCAGGGACGCCGUGCAGCGCUUCCACCGGUGGCAGGCUCGCUGCCCAGACUGGUUUGAGCUCGAGAACCUCCGCUGGGCAGACGACCAAGACCUGCCGUCCCUGGACGAGGAGGAGCUGGAGGAGCCGCUGCUGCCACCGCCUGGAGUGGGGAUCGUCCGGCAAAAGCCGCAGGUGCGGGAACCCACCUGCGAGGGCCCCCUGGCUGUGGAGCCGCUCCUCUCCAGGGAAGGGGGCAGCCUGUCAAGGCUGGAACCCCGGCCUCGGUCCCCGGGGGAGCCGGCGGCCCAGAUGCUGCAGACAACAGUGGUCCCGGUAGAGAGGGCCCCUCCCGCUCAGGUUGUGGAGCCAAUCCCCCGGGCCGUCGGGAGCAGCGCCGCAGGCUGGGUGUCCCUGGUCGGGGGAGGCAAGCCCGGCCCGCUGCCGGGGCCCUGUGGUGCCCGGCGCAACAGCAUCGUCUUCCUCCCCGUGCACCCUGAGGACCUGCCUGUCUGCAGCACCCCCGUGGCAUCGCCCGACCACCCCCUCGAGGACGUGAUGGGGCAGCUUGAAGGCGCGGUGCUCCCCCUCCUCCGGCAGAGCCUGAGCUGCCAGGCCCAGGAUCCACUCACGCCCCAUGGGGAGGAGCAGCGGCAGUCCGUGCAGUCAGACCAGGGCUAUGUCUCCCGGGGCUCCCCGCAGCUCCCCGACGGGCCUGGGGAGGACGACGACGAGGGGGAGGCUGGGGAGGAGAGGCCUCAGCAGCUCUCCCCCGAGGGCCUGGAGAGCCUGAGGAGCCUCCAGCUGCAGCUCUUCUUCCAGGAGCUCAGCAAGAACCCCGGUCUGGAGCCCGAGAGGCCGCGUCGGGGCCGCCCAGACCCAGGGCGGUGACAGCGUGUGUGUGUCCCUGGGGGCGUCUGGGCGUGUACGCAUGUGGACGUGGAUAUGUGCCUGUGUGAGGUGUGUACCUUUGAAACAGACUACUUGAAAAUGUCCCCUUCACUUUUCAUUGUGACCAUCUGGUCACCCUCGUCCCCACAGGAAGCCACAGCCCACUCCCAGGAGCUCGUGGCAGAGUGUCCUCGAUUCUCCAUCACUCAUUCAUUCCUUCGGCCUUUGUUUUGGGCCUGCCAUGGCCCUGGUCACCAAGGAGCUGACCGUCCAGUGAGAGGGACAGAGUAGCAAACAGGAUGGCCGUGCAAGAUGUAAAGGCCGGACAGAGGCCUGCCCAGGGCUAGGAGGUACCCAGAAGGGCGCCUGGCCCUGGGGAGAAAUUCUGGAGGAGACAAUUAUGAGCUGAAGGAGAAGCUAGUUUCCUGGACCAAGAGACUGUGGUUGGAGAGAUGGCAGCUGCAGGGGUGAGGGCUGGAGGGGAGCGGGGCAGGGGAAGUGGAGGCAGUGGGCCAGGCUGGGGCCAUCAGCCCAAAGGCCGAGGCUCCUUCACCCUGCGGGGCUGCUGCCCCAGACACACCCGGAGGCCAGCUUGGGUCAUUUUUGAGGAAAGUCCCAAGUCCUGAGCCCAUGUGCGGCCUCAGCCAGUGGGAGAAACCUGGCAGAGGAUUCUUCUGGGGCGGCUGGCCGGGCCCUGGGCUGUAGCCAAGGGCUCGCACCGGGGUAGGGAGUGAGGAUCCGGACAGGCCCUUCAGAGGGGGAAGGUUUGUCACUCUCUAGUUGAAGGCUUGAGGUCCAAAGACAACAUUUAAGGCCCAGCAUUUAAAGAAGCUUUUUCCCAAAGCAGCUCCUUGGGAGAGACUGCGGCUUCUGUCUGGUGGGAUGCCGUCCGCCCUGGGUUUGUGGGUUCUCUGUUGCUUCUACCUGAGCCCCCAGCUCCCGCAAGCAGGGGAGGAUUCUGACAUGUGAUGGGAAACCAGAUAUCAUGGGUGUACGUGUGUCUGCAUGUGUGUGAAAGAGAGCUUAACAAUAAAAGAAUGAAUACGUUUAUUAA